AUGAGGCGUGCUUCGCUCCACACCUCGCUGAUAGGCCUCAUGGCCAUUCUCCCAAGGCCUGGCUCGGCAAGCGCGGAAUGUCCCACCACCGGGUCUACUACAACCGCUAUUCAGCCCAUCGAGAUCGUUCAUUGCAUCCCGCUUCAUCUCAGCACCUCUAUCAGUUCUAAUACUGUUUUUACCAUCGCUGGUACAGCCGUCACGAUCACGAAUGCUCCAACUGCUGUUGUUUCCGACUUCCUUACCACGACUACUGUAACCUACAGCUCUGCUGUAAAUACCGUUUCUCCUUACAGCGGUCCUUGUGUCACGAUUACUGCGAAUGUUCCUGCAGGAUCCCAGCCGACUACCAUCAUUAUUCCCCCGCAAAGUGGUCAAGCCACUGGCACAAAGUACAUCUGCUCUCCUCUCGAGUCCAACAAGCCCUGGCUACCAGGUUCAGACUCUCCCAAUGGGGAACGCUUCACAUCAGUCACAGCCCCCUACCCAGGUUCAACCUUGACAACCUUGACGAUACCCCCGGGCAGCGGUGAUUCUACAGGAACCAUCCUUGUCCUCAAGCCUACCCCUAAUACGGGAAAUCCUCUCUUCAAUGGUCCCUAUACAACGAUAACAGCUCCUGGCACGGUCCUCACUACCCUGGCUUUACCUCCCUCAGGAGGUGAUAGCACUGGUACUCAGAUUGUCUUCGUGCCGCCACAAACGGGAGGCCAAGUGACACAAACGUCGACUGGUACUCGACCUGGACAAACCGGGCUGAUCACUAUCCCCCCUGGUCAGCCUGGAGAUCCGACGACAAUCAUUACGAUUGUGCCUCCUGCCAGCGAUGGUGUCGUGACAUCCACCUCGACCGGUACAGCCCCAGGGCAGACUGGCUUGAUCACUCUCCCUCCUGGAAAGCCGGGUGACCCCACCACAAUCAUUACAGUCGUACCACCCCCCACAGGAGGCGUGGUGACCUCUACUUCGACUGGGACCGCACCUGGGCAGACUGGCUUGUUGACCCUCCAACCUGGCAAGCCAGGCGAUCCGACAACCGUCGUGACUAUCGUGCCUCCCUCUCCUCUCUUCAAUAGCAUUGUUACGUCGACCUCCACCGGGACUACGCCUGGACAGACUGGCUUGCUGACCCUUCAACCUGGUAAGCCAGGUGAUCCGACAACCGUUGUUACCAUCGUUCCCCCUUCUACUGGUGGCAUUGUCACAUCGACUUCCACGGGAACCACGCCUGGGCAGACUGGAUUGUUCACAAUACCGCCCGCAAAUCCUGGAGACCCUACUACAGUAGUGACUAUUGUACCACCACCUACCGGAGGUAUCAUUACCUCUACGUCUACCGGUACUCUGCCUGGUCAAACUGGUCUCCUUACUUUCCCGCCUGGACAGCCUGGAGAUCCAACCACAGUGGUCACCAUCGUACCCCCCACAGGAGGCUUGACAACUCUCACCUCGACUGGCACCCAAACUGGCGUAACAACCCUCACGCCUGGUCGCCCAGGAGACCCGACUACUGUGGUUACGUUCGUGACGCCUCCUCCCGGCAGACAAGUAAUCGUGACCUCGACCGGCACUGGUACAGGUCUCAUCACUCAGACGCCAAGCAGGCCCGAAGACCCAACGACAAUCGUUACUAUAGUUCCGAGUCCCUCUGGUAGUGUGACAACGAUAACUUCCACAGGAACAGGAACCGGGCUCUUUACUCAAACUCCUGGAAGACCCGGCGACCCGACUACAGUCAUCACUGUCGUCCCGAGCCCAAGCGGAAGCAUUCUUACUGUGACAUCAACUGGAUCUACCACUGGCCUGUUCACCCAGACACCUAGCAGGCCUGGAGACCCCACGACGGUCGUCACAGUGGUCCCUAGCCCCUCUGGUGGCAUUACCACAAUCACAUCCACAGGGACCGGAACUGGCCUCAUUACCCAGACUCCCGGAAGACCUGGCGACCCGACUACAGUCAUUACUAUUAUCCCAAGUCCAAGUGGAAGCGUUGUUACUUUAACCUCCACGACUGGCUCAGUCACUGGCCUCCUCACUCAAACUCCCGGCCGACCCGGGGAUCCCACCACUGUCAUCACUCUCAUUCCGACCCCGAUUCCUCGUCUUACUCUCACGCAAACGGGGUCAACUACCGGUCUGACAACCUUGACUCCUGGCAGGCCCGGAGACCCGACAACCGUUCUGACCUUUGUGACCGGCCCUCCCUUCGUCACCGUCACCUCCACCGGUUCAUCUACAGGACUGAUCACCCAGACUCCUGGCAGACCAGGCGACCCGACUACGAUUGUGACAAUUGUGACUAGCCCAGUACCUAUCACUCUGACGUCCACGGCCAGCACCACUGGGUUGACCACUAUUCCGGGAGGUCCAGGAGGCCCCAACACUGUUGUCACUUUUGUAACUCCGCUCGUGCCGGUCACAAUCACUUCAAUCGGAAGCACUACCGGCUUGACUACUCUGCCUCCAGGUCCUAGCGGCGGUCCCUCGACUGUUGUCACCUUUGUGACUCCCCUCGUGCCGGUCACACUUACUUCGACUGGAAGCGUCACUGGCAUUACGACCUUUCCUCCAGGCCCCAGUGGAGGACCAAGCACGGUUGUCACUUUCGUGACCCCUCCUGCGCCUCUCGCGCCCGUCACUGUGACUUCGACCGGAAGCGUCACCGGUUUGACGACACUGCCUCCUGGUCCUAGCGGUGGCGCGUCAACUGUCGUCACUUUUGUCACUCCCAGUGCUCCGCUCCCGCCGGUGACUAUCGUGUCAACGGGGACCACUACCGGGCUGACGACUCUCCCUCCCGGCACGGCCGGCGGCCCUACUACAGUUAUCACUUUUGCCCUGCGUCAAGGCUUCAUCGUGACGCGCACUUCUACGGCUACCCAGACUGGAGUCACUACUAUUCUUCCCACGGAUCCUGGCGGAACUACUAGCGUCAUUACUUUUGUUCAGCCCCCUACAGGAUUUCUCACAACGCUCACGUCUUCGGCCACACGUACCGGCGUCACUACAAUCAUUCCAACCGAUCCGGCUGGAACCACGAGCGUUAUCACAUUUGUUCCCAUCACGGGCUUUUUAACCACCCUAACGUCAACGGGUACGCAGACUGGAGCUACUACUAUUGUUCCGACCGACCCAGCUGGAACCACGAGCGUUAUUACCUUCGUCCCUCCUAUCACGGGCUUCCUCACUACUCUAAAUUCCACGGGCACACAGACGGGAGCUACUACUAUUGUCCCCACCGACCCUGCUGGAACUACCAGUGUUAUCACUUUUGUCCCUCCAAUCACGGGCUUCCUCACAACUCUGACUUCGACGGCCACGCAAACAGGAGCCACUACGAUCAUUCCAACCGACCCGGCAGGAACCACAAGUGUCAUCACCUUCGUCCCUCCUAUUACGGGCUUCCUCACAACCCUGACAUUGACAGGCACACAGACGGGAGCCACCACAAUUAUUCCAACCGACCCGGCAGGAACGACGAGUGUCAUCACCUUCGUGACACCUAGCGCAACUAGCACCAUUAGCUCUACUAGCAGCAGCAGUUCGACCACAACCACAAUUGCCCCUGGGCCAACUUACAACUGCGACGCUGGUGGCUAUUUGAUACAGGGUACCACUCUCUACCGGUUGAAUCUUACCACCGGGGUUCAGACCACUGUCGGUACCAAUGUUGGGCCUGGUGGCAAUAUUAACGCUAUUGGGUACAAUGUCUUGGACAACUACAUUUAUGGCAUUGUCCCCGUGAACGGCGUGAACCGCAUUGUGCGCAUUGCAAGCAACGGUCAAGCGGUUCUCAUCGGUGGAGAUCUUCCGACUGGAAACUACAAUGUUGGCGAGAUUGAUACGCUCGGACGGUAUUAUAUCAGCAUAAGUGGCGGGGUUUGGGCACAAAUCGACAUGAACCCGAACUCGGCGACGUUCACACAAGUGGUUGCAACCGGCACCAGCACCAUCGCCAACGGAGUGUCUGACUGGGUUUAUGUACCUGGAGGCGGAGACUACCUGUACAGUAUCACAGGAGUCAAUGCCAACGGUCAAUUUUCAUUAGCCAGAUGGAGUCGAACGACUCACACGUGGUCAAUUGUACGGACGUACACGCGGAUCUCGGGUAACGAAACGUUUGGAGCGCUUUAUGCUUCGAGCGGCAACACGUUUUACGGCUCCGAAAACGUCAGUGGAAAUAUUUACAAUUUCGACAUCAACUCUGGUCAGCCGACUUUGGUCACUGAUGGUCCCGUUUCGUCUGUCAAUGAUGGAGCUCGUUGCGUGUAUGCGGCGGACCCUUCCAUCCUCAUCACCACGGGCGUUCUGACGACGGUGGUCUCCACGGGAACCCAGACUGGCUUAACCACCUUGCCUCAGACGAACCUGGCCGGCACAACGACUGUGAUCUCGUUUGUACCCCCGAUUACAGGCUUCAUCACCACAGUCGUAUCAACGGGAACCCAGACCGGCGUCACUACCUUGCCUCAGACGGAUCCGGCCGGCACGACCACUGUAGUAACUAUUGCAACAGCUCCUCCUAGCGUGUCAACCACAUCCACGAGCUCGACAGACGUGACAACUUCUAGUACAUCGUCUUCGACUUCCUGUGUGGUCUCUUUGACGAGCACAGUAUCAGGAGCCAGUCCCGCAGGUGCCACAGCCCAAGUGGCCGUGCCCGCCUGCGCCACUCUCAUGCAGUUCUCCGUUCUCGGCGGCGGCGGUGGUGGCGGCGGUGGUGGUGCCUCGAUCAAUGGCUCUAUCUCUGUUGUGCCGGGCCAAACUGUUCUCCUGGUCGCUGGCGGCGCGGGCACAAGAGUCGGUGCCGUUGGUGGUGCUGGUCAGAGUCAGUAUGGCAACGGUGGAUCUGCCUCCAAUAAUGGUGGUGGAGGUGGCGGCGCUUCCGCUCUCUAUCUUGAUCAGAACCUCCUUGUGGUCGCUGGCGGAGGUGGUGGUGGUACCAUCCCGGUCUCAAACAAUGGUCAAGGAGCUUUCACGUUGAACUACAACAGAGCUGGCGGUACCAGUAACGUCGGAGACAAGGGUACCUCUUACAAUAUCACGCUGGCAAGUACCGGUGCCGUAACAUCAACCUCCAACGGCGGAUCUCCCGGUUCUCAGAUUGCUCCCGGUGCUGGCGGUGUAUGGACCGGCUCGGGAACCUCGGCGAACGGAAAUGCCGGCAGCGGAUCUGUGGGUGCAAAUGGUAUCGCCGGCGCGGGCGGCUCUUUCAAUGAUGGUUCUGGCGCGGGCGGCGGCGGUUACCGCGGUGGAGGUAGUGGCGCCACUGGUUACUACGGAAUAGAUUCAACAGUCCAGCGUAUGCCAGCCGGUGGUGGCGGAGGUUCCAGCUUCGUGGACAGUACGAUUGUGGGCGCUUUGCAAAGCAUCGCUUCUUCUUCCACCCCCGGCAGGCUUGUCAUCUCCUUUGUCUAG